AUGGUCCUAAGCGUAUCCAAGACGGUCGACGAGGUUGGCAUUGACGCAUGUCAGCUCAUAAUGGACCUGAGCAAGCGCGCCAUUGCAACGAAUGACCGCUUUACUGUGGCGUUCUCUGGCGGCUCCCUGCCUAAGAUUCUGAGCAAGGGCUUACCUGCCAUUAAGGACCAGAUCGACUUUUCCAAGUGGUUUGUCUUUUUUGCGGACGAGCGGUGCGUUCCACUGGACCACGAUGACAGCAACUACAAGGCGUGCAAAGCGGCGCUCUUGGACGAUGCUGGUGUUCCAGAGAGUCAAGUCUUUGCCAUUGAUGCCUCGCUGACCCCAACAGCCAUGGCCGAGGACUACACCAAGAAGCUGGCUACAGUCUGGGGCAGCCACGUGCCUCGCUUUGAUCUGAUCUUGCUGGGCAUGGGUCCAGAUGGCCACAUGUGCUCGCUCUUCCCUGGCCAUCCGCUCCUGAAGGAGAAGACGUUGUUCGUAGCGUCCAUUGAAGACUCACCGAAGCCGCCGUCGCAGCGCAUCACGCUCACCUACCCGGUCCUAAACAAUGCCGCCAAUAUCGUGUUCGUCGCUACUGGAGCUAGCAAGGCCGAGCUAAUGCCGCACAUGAUCGGCAUUGAGAAACGGACGUCACCGCUUCCUGCAGCCAACAUCAAGCCCACAGAUGGCGUUGUCUACUGGUUCAUCGACAACGAUGCGGCUGCGAAACUCUCGAGCGAUGCAAAAAUGUAA